UGUGAGUGUGAACAAUACGGCAAACAAAAAGGCAAGGGAGAGAAAUCAAAGGUGAAGCAUGAGUGCUGCAAAAGACAUAACCACCAAGAGAUCCCUCAGCAGGCCGAACCUCUUUGGGUACCACUCACCACUGAAUCAGAGUUCACAUCUCAUUCCAGAGACUCGAGUGAAAUCUCCAGUGUUUCAAUGAUGCUGUCUUGCAGAUGAGAUAUUAACUUCAGCCCCAGGAACUGCAGAUGGACGAAGUGAGAAGGAGCCUCCCGGGCGAAGAACAGAACGUGGCCCCUUUACAUGAGGGGAACGGUGAGAGUGGGAGAACUUGAAAUUCUCCACCACCCCGAACCAAAGGAUGCUCGCAGGAAGCUGGCGUUCGGGAUUGGAAAAGGAAUUGGGAUCUGUGUCAGCUCAACCACGAUCAAACCAUCUGCACAAACACUUCACUUACCUGAUAUGAAUCGUCCACCACUCAGCUCCCCAGCGUCUUUCUGAAGAAUUCAAAUAUCAAAAUACUCAGCAAAGACAGCCUGGUGUGAAUACAAGAUUACACCGGGCUCUGCCAGACGGUGCCUCAACUGACAGAAAUUUGGAUGAGUAAAAUAUCCUCUCACUCUGGGCAGAGGGUGGAGGGUGUGGGCAGACUGUGGUUGGAGUGGAAGAGUCCCUCUCUUUUCGUUGAUAAAGAACAUAGGUAGCUCUGUCAAACAUUGUCAUGAUGACAGCGACCCAAUGAACAAUCGCCUUGGGAAUGCCAGAGUCUUUUGAAUACGUUCUUUAUCGCAAGGAAACACCAAACUAAUGAAGCACAAGUUGGGAGGAAAUAGUCGAAUUUAAUAAUAGUGUCACCACUCCAACCGUGGUGUGGAUUACAAAAACUUCCUCCCUUUGUAAUUUUGUUUUGGAAAAGCUCUGAGAGAGUAUUCUAAUUUGUUUUUAACCCUCAGCCCUGAAUUACGAAAGAAGCACUCGCAAAAAGAAGGUUAUGAGUCGGGAAUGGCCAGAUUAGCGAUAAAAAUUCAGCGGUAUUUCCGGCGAAAGCCAGUCCGAUUUUUCACCUUCAUCAUCAUUUACCUCAUGGCCGGUAGCUUGAUGUUUCUGCAUUCAGGGUUUGUGGGGGACAGCGCCGUCAUGGGUCACGUGACCUACCCCGGCGACGGGACGGUUAACGGACCCCUGGGUGGCUCAGUCGGUAGCGCGGGUCUGCAGCAGUUCGCCUUCCUGCCCUUCGCGAGGGGCUACAGGGAAGUGGUGGAAAAGGAGCCCCAGCCGUUGCCGCGGAGAUAUGGCCCACCCUGGCUGAAACCGAUCUCGCAAGAUUCCACCGACAAGUUGCGGUCUGGGGAACACCUUCGCAGUUGGAGCAGGGCCCUGAAGGGGAAGAUGUCAAGGGACCAGGAGGAAAACAGAGGCAAAUAUAUCGGCUGUUAUUUUGACAACACCAAGCAGAGAGCCUUGAGGGGCACAGCGUUCUUUGACUACAGAAAGAUGACAGUAUUUCGUUGCCAGGACAAUUGUGCUGAAAGGGGCUAUCAAUACGCAGGCCUGGAGUUUGGAGCAGAGUGUUAUUGUGGACAUAAGAUACAGGCCCAGAACACGAGUGACUCCGAAUGCAACAUGGAGUGCAAAGGUGAGAAGAGCAACAUGUGCGGAGGGCCCAAUCGCCUGUCUGUCUACCACCUGGAGCUCACGCGAGAAUCCGCGAGACGCUAUGGGAGUGCUGUGUUCCGAGGAUGCUUUAAAAGGCCCGAUAAUAUCUCCCUUGCCCUGCUGACAGGCAACGUCUUGUUGAACAUGUCUGUGGAUAAGUGUGUGGAUUUCUGCACUGAGAAGGAAUACACUCUGGCUGUGUUGGCAGGAGCAACAUGUCGCUGUGGAUUUCCCACCAUGCACUUCACACUCCACGAGCCAGAGGAUGAACAACUGUGUGCGCAGAAAUGUGCUGGGGAGGAGUACGAAAACUGUGGGAAUGACGAUUACUUUGUCGUUUAUCAAACGCAAGUGCAAGAUAACCGCUGCAUGGACAGACGUUUCCUGCCUGCCCGCUCCAAGCGCCUGGUGGCUUUGGCCAGUUUUCCAGGAGCAGGGAACACAUGGGGCCGUCACCUCAUGGAGCUCACCACUGGCUAUUACACCGGCAGCUACUACUUUGACGGCUCACUCUACAACAAAGGUUUUAAGGGAGAAAGAGACCACUGGAAAAGUGGACGAUCGGUUUGUAUAAAAACACACGAGAGUGGCAAAAAGGAAAUUGAAUCUUUCGAUGCUGCAAUCCUGCUCAUCCGGAACCCAUAUAAAGCACUAAUGGCUGAAUUUAACCGGAAGUAUGGAGGACAUGUUGGCUUUGCAUCUGAAGCUCACUGGCGGGGAAAAGAGUGGCCGGAGUUUGUGAAGAACUAUGCACCUUGGUGGGCAUCCCACACACUUGACUGGUUGAAAUAUGGCAAGAAGGUCCUGGUGGUUCAUUACGAAGAUCUGAAACGUGACCUCUUUAACCAGCUGAAGAAAAUGGUGUCCGUGCUGGGCCUUAACGUUUCUGAUGACCGGCUACUUUGCGUUGAAAGCCAAAAGGACGGCAAUUUCAAACGCUCCGGCCUACGCAAACUGGAAUACGAUCCCUACACGCCCGAGAUGAGGAAGAUGAUUGACAUUUUCAUCAAGACUGUUGACACGGCCCUCAAACUGAGAAACCUGACUGGUGUCCCUGAGGACUAUGCCCCCAGAUGAUUUUGUCGGUAAAUGCGUUCGAAACGUUGGCUGUAUCUCCUUUCCCUUUCCCUGGCCAGGACUACUCUCCACCCAGUGGGUGGCUUCUUUUUUAAUAUUCUGCAGCUAUUAGCUUUCCAAGUGCAUCAACUGUCUAGAGUAAAGGUCACCAAAUGCAGAUGGGGUUAGUAACCUUAUAGCGUAGACAUGCCAGCAGACAAUCUUUAGCAAGUGGGGUGUCACGAGUAAGGGAAAGUGAUUGACAUGAAACCCGUGCUACUUUUUUUAACCAGAGCAAACAGUUUGGCAAACAGGCUCUUUGAAGCUGAACAAUACUCUUAGUUAUGGCUUUUAUCGUUUUGCUUGAGCUGAGGAAUGGUGCUACCCACCUACAGAGGGAAGGGAUUAUCCGGUAAUAAUCUCAAAGGAAUCUGGCCCUCUGUAGUUAAUUGGAGUGAAACUGGGGUAAUGGAGAUGACUGGUACGGUCUCCUUGUUUACAUAGAGGGAAGUGGAGGAGAGGGGUAAGUUGGAGAGAAGCAUUUCAACAGCGGCCUAACACCUACCUAUUUCAAAAUCAUGAUGGGUAUGGUGUAGCUCACUGCUGUCAGCAGCCAAUCCACAGAUGGUUUGAGAAAGUGACCAUUGUCUUUCCUUUCUGUACCUCUCAGAAUUUGCAUUAAUUUUGGACUGUUGUUGUCUGCUGUUGAGGACUGUUGCAUCCAGUCAGCAAGUGCACUUGAUGUGGCUAACGCAUCUAAUGCAAGGAGACAGUACGUCCUGUUGGCUACUCCUUUCGCACUUCAGAACAGGAUUAAACGUUCCUGACCUCCACCACCUGUCGAAUUGUGGCAGCUCAUUUCAAAAUUCCCUAAAUGUGUUCCAUCACUGGAUAUCUGGGAAUAGCAGCAGAUCACACCUUGCUGACAUAGGGACGGGUGGGAUGACUCUGAUGUACAGCCUUUGGUUUGUCAAGUUGACUGCACAAUCCAUUCUUGUUUCAGUGAGAGCUGACCAAUGGAAAAGAACAACUGUCUUCGACUGUGAAGUAGGUCUUAAAGCAUUGCACCAGAAGAGUGAGCAGAAACAUGAUCCCACCAGUAAUUAAUUCGUACAUACAGGGGUUGCAAAGUUUCGCCAUAGUCAAGAUCACAUGGGCUGCCUAAAUCAAUAAAUUGCUUCUAUCUCUCCAAUUUUCCAUGAAAACCUCAAUUAAUGCCUUUAGCCAAACAGUAAUUAAAACUGUAGUCAUCUCGCCUCUGCAACUUGACCAACCAGGUUGUUGCUAAAUUAUUUCAGCCUGCAGUUCUGCUGCUGAGUCCCUUGAGGGAAAAUAAAUGCCCCGAACACUCUGGGGAUGAGGCAGAUGCUGGAGGGAAUUGGACCCAUCACCCCAGACACAGGUCAGAGGUAAGCUCCUUUAACAGAUUGCUUCAGUUCUCGAGGUGAGGCAGGCAGUUUUCAUAGAAUCAUAGAAUCCCUACGGUAUGGAAACAGGCCCUUCAGCCCAACAAAUCCACACUGCCCCUCAGAGCAUCCCACCCAGACCCAUCCAUCAUAACCCACCCAAUCUACACAUCCCUGAACACUAUGGGCAAUUUAGCAUGGCCAAUCCACCCAACAGUUUUGCUUCUCAACGUUUCAAGGGCUGGCCUUCUGAAUAAGUUAUCAACUUGGAAUUUCGAGAGGCCUUAUCCAAAAGGAUUUAAAUCUUCUCAAAAGAAUUGUAACUCCCACACAAUCAGCUAAGGCCCUUGCUCCAGCAAAAAUAGGCUCAGCCUGAACUCAGCACUGAGUUUGAAUAGCAUUGCUGGAUGCAGGAAUUCCCACAUUUGGUAAUCACAACCUACCCCCACUACCCCUUCCUCAGCAAAAACAGGAUCUAUUGGAAAUAGAACAUAGAACGUAGAGCAGUACAGCACAGGAACGGGCCCUUCGGCCUACAAUGUGGUGCUGAACAUGACGCUAAAUGAAACUAAUCCCUUCUGCCCACCUUUGGCCCAUAGCCCUCCAUUCUUUAUAUAGUCAUGUGCUUAUCGAAAAGUUCCUUAAAUGCCCCUAUUGUAUCUGCCUCCACCACCACCCCUGGCAGCGCGUUCCAGAUUCCUACCACGCUCAGUGUAAAA